AUGGAGUUUAUUAAAGAGGAGAGUGAAGACCUGAAGAUUGAAGAAACAUUCAGAGACAAACAUGAAGAUACUGAGGAACAAACAGACCUGAUGACACUGAAAGAGGAGAGUCAAAAACUCAAUGAAAAGGAAGAUAAUGUUCAGCAUGAGAAAUAUAAUUUCAUGACUGAUGAAAAAUCAUUUAGUUGCUCACAUACUGAAAAGACUUCACAAAAAAGAGCUCAAAAGACCGCAAAUAGAAGUUAUUUCAUCUGCCAACAGUGUGGGAAAAGUUUCACCAAAAAAGGAAAUCUUGAAGUCCACAUGAGAAUUCACACUGGAGAGAAACCUUUCACCUGCCAACAGUGUGGGAAGAGUUUCAUUAAUAAAACAACCCUUAAAAGCCACACAAGAAUUCAUACUGGAGAGAAACCUUACACAUGCUCUCAAUGUGGAAAAAGUUUUAAUCAUAAACAACACCUCGAUGACCACAUGAGAAUUCACACUGGAGAGAAACCUUUCACCUGCCUUCAGUGUGGAAAGAGUUUCACUCACAAAGGAAACCUUAGAGACCACAUGAGGACUCACACUGGAGAGAAACCUUUCACCUGCAAACUGUGUGGAAAGAACUUCAUUCAUAAACCAAACCUUAAAAAUCACAUGAGAAUUCACACUGGAGAGAAACCUUACACAUGCUCUCAAUGUGGAAAGAGCUUCAUUCAAAAUGGAAACCUUAACAAACACAUGAAGAUUCACCCUGGAGAGAAUCCAUGA